GUUCCUCAAGCACCCAAAAUCUCUCCUCUCCAACAAAAUUACUUGUUCCCCCAAUUCCUUCUCCUUCCCUCUUCACUCUCAAUCAUCAACUCAAACCCUAAUGGAGUGCGUCUUCGGCCUCGUCGGCGACGGAUUCUCCAUCGUCGCCGCCGACACGUCAGCGGUCCACAGCAUCCUCGUCCACAAAUCGAACGAGGACAAGGUCAUGAUCCUCGACUCUCACAAGCUCCUCGGCGCCUCAGGCGAGGGCGGCGACCGGGUUCAGUUCACGGAGUUUAUUCAGAAGAAUGUCCAUUUGUAUCAGUUUCGAAAUGGGAUUCCUUUGACCACGUCGGCGGCGGCGAAUUUUACGAGGAAUGAGCUUGCGACCGCGCUGCGAAAGAACCCGUAUAUGGUUAACAUUUUACUGGCGGGAUACGACAAGGACAUUGGUCCUUCACUAUACUACAUUGACUACAUCGCAACCCUCCACAAGAUCGACAAGGGUGCCUUCGGAUAUGGAUCGUACUUUUGCUUGUCUUUGAUGGACAGACAUUAUCAUAGUGGGAUGUCAGUAGAAGAAGCUAUUGAACUGGUGGACAAGUGCAUACUGGAAAUCAGGUCUCGCUUGGUUGUGGCACCUCCCAACUUCGUGAUCAAGAUUGUUGACAAGGAUGGGGCACGGGAGUAUGCUUGGCGUGAAUCAGUCAAGGAUAUAGCUUGAACUGGUGGAUUUCUUUUCUCCCUCUGAAUGAUCCUCGUGAAUCUCUUCUGUGACAGAUUAUAUGAUGUUUACCUUCCAUCUUCAAUUAGAAACUGGUUAUGUACGUUAUUUUGCUUUUAUUGUGCUAUUGUUCAGCUUUAUGCAAAUCUACUGAGUUAAACAUCAUCUCCUGCUCUUUGGUUUUGAAGAUAAUUGAAGGAGAAGCUUUGAUA